AUGGUGGUAGAGGACAACAGAUUAAAGAUAAGUAAGAUAGCUGAGGCUACUAGGAUAUCAAAUGAGCAAGUACGCAAUAUUUUACAUGAACAUUUGGGCAUGGAGAAGAACUGUGCUAAGUGGGUGCUGCGUUUGCUAACAGUCGACGACAACGCACCUCCCCAUAGAUCGUUCGUUGUGAUGGCUAAAAUCAGCGAAUUGAAGUUGGAAUUGUCCUCUCAUCCACCAUAUUCAGCAGAUUUUGCCCCUAGCGAGUAUCAUAUGUUCUUUCACCUUAAAAAAUGGCUCGGAGGUAAAAACUUUCAGAGCAACGAAGAAAUCAUAGAUGCUGUAAAUGCGUAUUUUGAAGGACUUGACGAAUCGUUCUAUAAAAAUGGUAUCACUGAAUUAGAGCACCGUUAUGAGAAAUGUAUUAGUCUUGAGGGAGAUUAUGCUGAAAAAUGA